AAAAAAAAAAAAAAAAAAAAAAAUCCACAGAAGAGGAGGAAGUCUUGUUACAUAACGGGUCGACGAGAAGAAGAGAAUCGUUACUUAACCUACGCCAAGGAAAUACUUCUCAGUUGUAUCGAGGAAGUCGGAUACAUACGUUAUUAAGACGCCACCCGCCAAAGAGGGAGUACUCGUCUUAUUUAGGUGGUAAACUCUCUCUUUAGGGUUGAUCGCGGUAGACAGCAUGCAUCGCAUACGCUCUUGGGCACGAGGUCACGCGUAUGGAGGCUCUACACGUCCCGCUGCGUCCAAUUCCAACCCCAUCCUUCCCGUGAAUAAUACACACUCGGACCAAAAUCCCGAGAAGAUCCGCCAUGUUAGCGGCGCCGGUUCCGACCGCCACCAGGGCCUUCCUAACUGCUCCCCGAAUACUCAUGAUGUCCCCAGCUCCGGAUCGGAUACCCAGCAUGCCGAUAGGUCGCCGGUGUCAGCAUCUGAAGUGGAGGGGACGGGGCCUGUCGUAGACAAGGACGGCCCCAAAAAGAAACAGAACGUCUUCGUCGAAACCUAUCACGAAUUAAAGAAGGUGAUCCUUCACAGCUGGAUCAACCUAUUCUUGGUCUUCGUCCCCGUCGGGAUUGCCAUCGCGAACAUUCCGAACAAGAAUUCCGGAGCUACUUUCGGAAUCAACGCUGUCGCCAUCAUCCCGCUUGCGGGACUUCUUAGCCAUGCUACCGAGUCCGUCGCCCGCAAGAUGGGUGACACCGUCGGCGCCUUGCUGAACGUAACGUUUGGUAACGCCGUCGAACUUAUCAUCUUCAUCAUCGCUCUAGUCAAGGGAGAAAUUCGCAUCGUCCAGGCCUCGUUGCUUGGAUCUAUUCUUGCGAACUUGCUAUUGAUUCUGGGCAUGGCCUUCUUCCUCGGCGGUCUCCGCUUUCGUGAACAGAUUUACAACAGUACGGUGACUCAGAUGAGCGCCUGUUUGCUGAGUUUGAGCGUGAUAAGUCUCAUGUUGCCGACCGCAUUCCAUGCUUCUUUCCGAGACAAGGAAGAGGCUGAUAAAGAAUCUCUCAAGAUCAGCCAUGGUGUUAGCGUGAUCCUCCUUUUGGUAUACGUUGUGUAUCUUUUGUUCCAGCUGAAGUCGCACGCGUAUAUGUACGAAUCGACUCCUCAGCACAUCAUCGAUGAGGAAGCAACACCUGGUCCGGCUGCCGCAUGGCUCGAGUCUUCUGAUUCUGAUUCGAGCUCGUCAUCGGAUUCGGACUCUGACCGCUCCAGCCACUCGAGAGAAACCAUGUCGAAACGUGUCCGACGAGCUAUCCAUAGGCGUCGCCGUAGAAAGUCAAGUACCGCAUCGGUAGACACCGAAGAGGAAGUUCGAACUCGCACCUCGUCUCUCGGAACCAAUAGUGCUAGUCCCACUCACGAGGGAGGUUCGAAGUCGGGAGAUUCUCUCCAGGGUCCCCUCGCUUUUCCUCGAAUAAACUCUACCGGUACCGAGGAGGCUAUCGAAGAGGAAGAGGAAGAACACACGUCUCGCCGUAAGCAUAAGCGUUCUAAACGCAAGCACCGCAAGCGUACAAGGAAGGCCUCGACCGGUGUCGAAGAAGCUACUCCUCAAAACAUUGCUAGCGUAGGACCGGAUGCGGCACAAGAGCUCGUCGCGAACGGCGGAGAACCCCGUCGUGUCGAUUUUGCGGAGGCAACUGUCAACGUCGAAGGUCCACUCGAGGGUACUCCUGGAUCCAGACGUCCUUUCAAUAACCUGCGCACCCUGUCACUCCGACCUGUGGCUAAGAGCCUGGCACCCCCAGUUUUCACUUCGGAUGUUGGAGCUAUGCCGAUUACGUCGGUCGGACCCGUUCCGCGGGUAAGAUACGGCAUUCGCAGGACCAACUCGCUUCCCGAAAGACUUAACCAAUAUCAGUACCGACCACCCGGAGCCAUGAUGCCUUCUCAGAUCCCUGUUUCUAUCCUAACUGGUAGCGCCGGCGAAGCAGGCGAGAUGCACGGAGAUGACCUUUCUCGUGGCGCAGCUAUCAUUAUGUUGUUGCUCUCGACAGCGCUUGUUGCCGUGUGCGCCGAAUUCAUGGUGGACGCCAUCGACGAUGUGGUGGCGAACAGCGCUCUCAAGGAAACCUUCAUCGGUCUGAUCAUCCUCCCUAUCGUCGGUAACGCAGCGGAACACGUGACGGCCGUUACGGUAGCAAUGAAGAACAAGAUGGAUCUGGCCAUUGGUGUAGCUAUCGGCUCCUCGAUUCAGAUUUCCUUGUUCCUGACGCCUCUCGUGGUUAUUAUCGGUUGGAUCAUCGACCAGCCCAUGACGCUUUACUUCACCUUAUUCGAGACGGUUUGUCUGUUUGUAUCGGCCUUCAUUAUCAACUUUUUGAUCCUUGACGGCCGAAGUAACUACCUCGAGGGUGCUCUGCUCUGCGCUACGUACGUAAUCAUUGCGGUCGUAGCGUUCUUUUAUCCCGAGGGCGACGCUGCCGGUGCUCUAGGUUCCUAAGGGAAACAUUUACAAGACCCCCACACACAGCGGAGGAGAGUAUUUGAAACCUCUUAUUUGACAAUACGCAAUACGACGCAAUGUUCAACUGAAGCAUAUGAGGAUAUGAAUUUUUAGUUGAUUACUUUGAUAUUAAACUUGCCCGAGGCGGUUUCACGAUACUGAUUUAAUGAAUAUGGCACUACACGAUUGAGAGGGAGUUGCCUGGGAUGGGAGACGAAACGAUAUUACUUUUCUACUUUUAAGGGAUGCUAUCUACUUUUCGGAGUUUUGAUCCCCCUUUUUUUGCGAUUUGAUUAUAAACAACAAGUUGCUUUGAUUUUUGAGAGAUAUUAAUUUUUUUCUAUUAUUUCAUUUCGGGACAAAGCUGAGCCAGCCAACUUGGCCGCUCUGAUGAAAGAUAGCGACGACGUUGUGAAACAAACACGUAGAUAGCUUGAGUUACCUAGAGGUAGUUUAGCGACGCAGACUUGUAGACUCGUGGUUGUACAGGCUGCUUAGCGGAUGAAUUGGACAUACUCUCAUUUUGCA